AUGGCGGCGGCGGCGGCGGCGGGGCCGUGGCCGGAGCUGGAGGCGGCGGCGCGGGAGCGGCGGCGGGAGCUGUCGCUGGCGGGCGCGGCGGUGGCGGAGCGGGUGGCGGCGGGCGGCGGGCGGCUGCCGGAGGCGCUGCUGGCGCUGCCGCUGCUGCAGUCGCUGGAGCUGAGCGGCUGCGCGGCGCUGCGGGAGCUCGGCCCGGGCGUGGCGGCCGCGCUGCCCGCGCUGCACACGCUGGUGCUGAGCCGCAACGCGCUGGGCCCGGCCGGGCUGGGCGCGGGGCUGGGCGGGCCCCUGCCCGCGCUCCGCCUGCUCGACCUGUCCGGGAACGGGCUGGAGGCGCUGCCCGCCGCGCUCGGAGGGACGGGCGGCGGCGCGGAGGACGCGGCCCCGGCCUUCCCGCAGCUGCGCAGCCUCAACCUGAGCGCGAACCGGCUGCGGGAGCUGGGCCCGGGGCUCUGCCGCGCCGCGCCGCAGCUGCAGGAGCUGCUGCUGUCCGGGAACCGGCUGCGAGCGCUGCCCGGAGGGCUCCUGCCCCCCGAGGGGCCGCCCGCACCCUUCCCGCUGCUCAGCCGGCUGGACGCGGCCGACAACGAGGUGGCCGAGCUGGGCGCGGACAUCGCGGCGCUGCCGGCGCUCAAGAGCCUGGACGUGGCCAACAACCAGCUACGGGAGCUGCCCGCCGCGCUGGCCGACUGCCCCCGCCUGAAGGAGGCCAACUUCAGGGGCAACCAGCUGAGGGACAAGCGGCUGGAGAAGAUGGUCAAUGGGUGCCAGACGAAGGCCAUUCUGGAGUACCUACGGGCCGGGGGACGUGGGAAGGGGAAGACUGAGAGUGGCAGAGAGGACGUCAGGAAGAAGAAGAGGGAGAAGCAGAAGAAGGACAGUGGGGAUGGGGAGCAGGAUGAGGUGGAAGAGGCGAGCAAGCUGCUGGUGAAGGUUCUGCACGUCUCUGAGAACCCAGCGCCUUUGGUGGUCAAAGUGAGCCCGGGUGUCAAGGACGUGCGAGCCUUCAUCGUGUGCUGUGUGCUGAAAGGAGUGAACUUAAAGCCGGGAAAUGCUCUCAAGAGGUUCCUGACCAUGCAGACCAAGCUGCACGAGGACAUCUGUGAGAAGCGCACAGUGGCCACCAUUGCCACCCACGACUUGCAGCUGGUCAAAGCUCCUCUGACAUAUGAUGUUCAGCCUCCUGAUGAGCUCAAGAUCGCGCCCCUGGGUCGGAAGGAGAUCAAGGCAAAGGAUCUUCUCCGCCAGCUGCAGCUGGAGGCUGAGGAGCAGCGGAAGCAGAAGAAGCGUCAGAACGUCUCUGGGCUGCACAGGUACCUGCAGCUGCUGGAUGGCAAAGACAACUACCCGUGCCUGGUGGAUGCUGAAGGUGCUGUGAUUUCCUUCCCACCAAUAACCAAUAGUGAGAAAACAAAGAUUAGAAAAGAGACCCGGGACCUGUUUCUGGAAGUGACGAGUGAUACCAGUUUACAGAUCUGCAAGGAUGUGAUGGACACCCUUAUCCUGAAAAUUGCAGAGCUGAACAGAUCUGCCUUGGAGAACAAGGAAGGCUCUGGUUCAGAUGUGGAAUCAGAUGCUCUCUGUGGACCAGGGAAUUUGAACCUGCCCUUGGUGGUGGAGCAGGUGCGAGUGGUGGACACGGAUGGGAACUUGAAAGUACUUUAUCCUUCCAAAACAGACCUGGCCACAGUGUCCUCUCUGCUGACUGUGAUCCGUUAGCAGGUGCCUGAGCUGAGAGAGGAUUCCAUUGCCUUUAUUUGGGGUUUUUUACAUGUAUUCAACAACACAACUGAUGCACAGUGAGAUGGGUUUUUAAAGAAAAGAUGUGGAGCAUCCUGCUGGGAAAGCAAUGGCUGCAGAGUUUGAUGAGCUACAGCAAGGAGAAUUGGGAUUUUCAUCCUUAACAGACAUCAUCCAUGUUAGGCCUGUGCAAAAGAGCAGCAUCUUCAAACAUGGGCUGAAGGCAGAGAAGCUGUUGGAUGUCAGAAUGCAGUAGAGAAAAUCAUUGCAAUGUUCAAAACAAGCACAGUCACAUUUUUCUGCAAGAUCACUUUUUCCUCCUGGUGUUUCAUCUGGAUCAUUAUUAUGGCAGCAGAGGAAUGCAGUUAAUUGACAGUGUGGAACUGAGGUCCUCUGCUGGGUACAACCUGGAGCCAGAAUGCCAAAGCACUUUGCUGACAUCUUGUUCUGCAGAAUUUUAUCUGGAGUAACUGUGAACAUUUAGUUGCUGUCAGAAGCAUUUAAUUGCUGUCAGAACUUGAGGGAUGCAUUUUAAAGUGAUGGUUUUUGUGUUCAGACAUGAGCGCAGCUUCCAUUUUUAAGGGAUUUGUUGAGGGUUUGUGUGUCCCAGUGCAUUUCAGGGCCAUCCUCCAUCCCUGUGGGAAUUGUGGUGACCUUGUGUGUGCCCAGAGAGUCACUGUGGGCGAGCACUGGCUUUGUUUUUGCUGAGGAGGUUCAGGUCUAUUCAGAGCUGCCUCCAGCUGACACUGCUGAACUCCCUGUCCCCCCAGAGUACAGGCACUGAUGCCCAGAGUGACCCUCCUGGAGCUUUCUGCCCUACCCACCUAUUUUUACCUUCCAAAAUACAGGCAGUUGGAGCAGUUCUUGUUUGGCAGUCUCUGGGUGACCUCUAUGUGUGGGUGAGCACUGGUGGGCACUCACACCUCUCCCUAAGCCAGCGUGACCCCCAGACUGACUCUCUUCUGGUAAAAAUGAUAUCUCAGAGCUCUAACUGAAUUGCUGCUAUGUCAAAUACAUCCCCAUGUCGGGACUUGCACAUGGAAUGGAAAAAUAAAACAGCUUUUGCAGCCCUGGCACUGUCCCUCGUUCUGGCAUUGGGGGAUGUUCAGUUAUGUCACUUAGAAACUUCCCAAGGCAAAAAUGGGAAUUAUACACUGCCCAGCUGCUUGUAGCCAAGCCAUCCUUGUGCUUCAGGCUUCUCUGGAAGUCAAGUGUUACUACAGACCAAGGAUUUCCAGUGACUUGUGCUCUGAGUUGGCUGAAACAAUUGAAUCAGAUACUCCAACAGAACUUGGUGUCAGUAAAAUGAGUUUAAUUUCUUGUAAGGCACCUGCUCCGAGCUGAGAGCCCAGAACCUGAGGCUGGUGAUGGGUUCUGGCUCAGCCAUCAGAGCUUUUCCAUCCUGGAGGAUUUCCUUCUCCUUGCUGGUGAUGCUGUGCUGCUGUCGCUGCUGAGCAGUGACGUCCUGCUGCUCUUGUUCUUCAGCAUCUGCUGGAACUCCGUCCGCUCGUUAAAGAUUUUCUGAAAAUCAGCCACGUGUGAAGAGGUGGGCAGGCUGGGAGCAGCACUGCAAAGUGUCCUCUUAGCUCAGCAGUCCCUUCCUGGCUGCUGGAAGCUGUCUGGGACAGCCACAUACCUGCAUUGCCUCCAGCAGUUCAUCGUCCGUGAGCUCGCCCUGGGGGUCCUGGAUGCCCUCCACGCUGAACGUAGCCUGGAUUAUUUUGUUUCUAUACCUUUCAAACUUUGGAUAAAAGAGGAGGGCGGGUGUGUUCAGGCUUAAUGUGCAUUUGCACUGAUCUACAGAGACUGUGAAGUGUUUAUGUGAAAUUACAGGCAGUUUGGGCUUCA